CUUCUAUAUGUGUUUUCUGUGCGAUUUUUUCCCCAUUUACAUAUAAUCGUGAGGUAUGGCUCAAAUGCCUACAUCUAUAUCUCCAUUAGAUAAUCUAAACCUGGAUGUCGAAGCAUCAGAAGUUCAGGAGAACAUGGAAGUCGAAGCAAUGAAGGUCGAUAUGGAAGUUGAAGAUCGUUUAUUAUUUCCGCCCAAAUCCGAUUUCUCCAAGGUGUGUUCCUGCAUCGAAUGUGCUGCGAAAAUGAAGGUUCUGAAGGAAUUUGAGAAAGAUCUCCAGUCUAAAGCGGAUUUAGUGUAUCAACGCAACCUCCAAGUGAUUUCAGAUCAGGCUAAUCUUGUGGACCUUAGUGCUGCCUUUGAGUGGACGAUAGAAACUUUGGAUGUUCUUUAUACUAACCUUAAAAGGCUUUACACGAAGUUAGGGUUCUCAUGUGAGCUUAGAAGAAGUGAAUCUGAAGAGGACAUGAAUCACAUGUUUGAUAGAUAUCUUCGAAUUAUUAAUAUGCUAAUGGAUAAUAAGUUGCUAAGGAAAAGUGAUGUUCCAUAUGCAAGCAGGGCUGGUAAAUGUGGGGAUGAGGAUGCUGAUAUUCUUCCUCUAGCAGGGCACAUCGAUGCUGGGUUUAUGCAUCCCAAGUUCACCAAAUUUAAGGAUGACAUGCAUAGCAUUCUCAAGAAGAUUGAAGAGAUUGAAGAAAAACAUAAACAAGACAAGACCACUGCAGAGGAAGAAGAAGAAAGACCUCUCCAUUUUUCAACCUCUAAGAACCACAUUCUUAACCAAAUUAAGGUUUUAAAGCAGUUUCCUGUUGGUGAGAUACAUCGAGAAUGUCAAAAGCUUGUGCAAAGACUUAAACCCGAGCUUGUGGACUUGAUCUUAAAAGCUUACGAAGAGAUCGAAGAAACUUACUGCAGAAUGAUUGUUAUUAGACGACAGUUUUGGAAACAGUAUGAAAUGACCGUUUCCUUCCCAAGAAACAAAGAUGAGGAGAAACAUAGUUGGAGUAGGUUGAAGGAAACACUCGAUUCAUUAUGCCAGCAGGUCAAUUCUUUUAACGAGUGGUGGAAAGAGAAUGAACAACACUUCACUCCAUGUGAAGGAUCAAAUCCUAAAAAGACAAAGACCACAUGUUUAGCAAUUCUAUUGUCAUAGCUGAUUUUUUAUAUCUUGGGGCUGCAUUCAUCUAUCAGAAGCCUAUGCUUGAUGAUCUAAAGUUUACCACUUAAUGAUUGCCAGUUGAUUUGAUACACAAGAAUGUAGGUACAUGAUGCCCAUUUGUUCUUGUUUUUUUUUCAGAAGUAGUUUCACGCAUAUGUGCCUCAAUUCACGCAUAUUUUCCUACCUUGUAUUAUGGAUUAUUGCAAUUUGUGAUUCUCAGUUUUUUCAAAUUCUUCAUCAUAGUUCUUAAGCAGUUCAUAUCUAAAUCAAUCAACAAUUCAACACUAUUUGUGAAUACUGGUUAGUAUUCUUAUGUUGCCUAAACAUGAUUUAGGCUUAAGAAGUUUCACUCUUUUAUUAAAA